GAGAAGGCAGGGGGACCCCGAGUAAUCUGCGUUCUCCGCCCUUUAGAGAAUGGGAGGAGCUGGACGGAGAGGGGAGGAGCUAGAAGUGCUUCCUGUUUGGUCCUCUACAAACUCCUGGCUGGGGUCGUUCCAGGGAGGGGGAUCCACGUGUGUAGCCGGGAAGGAAGGAAGAGGAUCCUUUCCUGCGCGCAUCUCUUGGAACUAGGAACAGAGCCGCCUUUCCCUGCGGGCCCAAGCAGCCCCAGAAAGAGCCUUGAUGGUACAGUGGUCUAAGCAUCCUGUUAUUAACACAGCUGCCUGCAAUUACUGCUGGUUCGAAUCUCUCCAAGGCUCAAGGUUGACUCAGCCUUCCAUCCUUUCUAAGGAGGUGAUGGAUGGGAGAUGGAGGAUUCUGGCGAAGAGGCAGCAGCACCUUUGCCAAAAGACAAAAAGGAAGUUUCAGAAAAGAUGCAUGGAAAGCAAAGUUCUAAGGAAAAGCACUUAAUGAGGGAGCUGGAGAAUUGCUCUACUUUACAUUGUCCAGAUGCCAAUGUCUUAUUGGACAGAGAUGAUUGCCAUGAAAAAGAAGUGUGUUCAAGGUGUGGGAAAACACUCCGACAUGAAUCUGGAUUAUGUGACUGUUGCCAAAGCCCUGCUGGAGAGAAACAAGAUGAAAGCAGGCAACACUCCAGAGGGACCCUUCCUCCUCCUGAAAGAAUACAAGAAGGAGGGAAAAUGUACAAAUGUACGGAGUGUGCAGAAAGCUUCGAUACAAACCGCUCUCUUGCAUUGCAUAAAAGGAUUCACAAAGCAGAGGAUCCACACAAAUGUCUGGAUUGUGGAAGGACCUUCAGGCAGAAAAGUCAUCUUAAUUCACAUAAGUGGGUCCACGAAGAGAAGAAGAAGCAUCAAUGCAUCACCUGUGGAAAGACCUUCGGAAACAGCACCUCCCUUACUUCACAUCAAAACAUCCACAGAGAAGAGAAGUUGCAUCAAUGCAGGGAGGGUAGAACGAGGUUUACUCGGAGCAAGAAACCGAAUUCCCCCCAAAAAAGCCCCACUGGAAAUAAAUCAUGUAAAUGCCUGGAAUGUGGGAAGAGCUUCUGCUAUGCAAGUUACCUCACUUACCAUAAUAGGACCCAUACAGGGGAAAAGCCAUAUCAUUGCAUGGUGUGUGGAAAGAACUUCAACCAAAAAGGAAAUUUCAAUUCUCAUAAGAGGAUCCACACUGGAGAGAAGCCAUAUAAAUGCACAGAGUGUGGAAAACUCUUCAGGACCUCCGAUGCCCUUACUUCCCAUAAGAGGAUUCACACAGGGGAGAAACCCUAUGAAUGCUUGGAGUGUGGAAAAAGCUUCAGCAGAAGUGGUACUCUAAUUUUACAUAAUAGGAUGCAUAAAGGGGACAAACCUUAUAAAUGCCUGCACUGUGGAAAAAACUUCAGUCAAAAAUGUAAUCUUAAAUCACACGAGAGGAUCCACACGGGGGAAAAACCAUUUCAAUGCACGGAGUGUGGAAAGAGCUUCCGUACUUCAACAAGCCUUAUAGCCCAUCACAGAAUCCACACAGGGGAAAAGCCCUUUCAAUGCCUGCAGUGUGGAAAGUGCUUUGCCAGUUCUGAUGGCUUUCAUGCCCACAAACGGACCCACACAGGCGAGAAACCGUACAAAUGCCUGGAGUGUGGGAAGAGCUUCCGUAAAUCCAGCCACUUGACAUUCCAUAUAAGUAUCCAUAGUGGACAGAAACCGCAUCAGUGCACAGAGUGUGGAAAGCGCUUCAAUCAAACAAGUAACCUUAAUAUCCAUAAAAGGACCCACACUGGUGAAAAACCUUAUAAGUGCACCGAAUGUGACAAACGCUUCACCAGUUCAAGAUCCCUCACUUCCCACAAAAGGCUCCACACUGGGGAGAAACCAUAUGAAUGCCGCACGUGUGGAAAGAGCUUCAAUACAAAAAAUGGCUAUGUUGUACAUAGCAGGACCCACACGGGAGAGAAACCAUAUCAGUGCCAGGAGUGUGGAAAAUACUUAAGUGAUUCUGGAGAACUGACGAUCCAUAAAAGGAUUCACACAGGGGAGAAACCCUAUAAGUGCACGGAGUGUGGCAUGAGUUUCAGGAGAAGUAGUUACCUUGGUAUCCAUAAGAGGACCCACACUGGGGAGAAACCAUACACAUGUCAUGAGUGCGGAAAAAGCUUUAGUCGAAAUCAUUCACUCAGGAGCCAUAGAAGGCUUCACUCAGGAGAGAAACCUUAUAAAUGCCUGGAGUGUGGAAAAUGUUAUAAUGAGCAUGGCAGUCUUACCUCUCACAUGAGGAUCCACACAGGAGAGAAACCCUUUAAAUGCAUUGAGUGUGGAAAGAGUUUCAAAGAUGGUAGGAAUCUUACACUCCAUAAGAGAAUCCACACAGGGGAAAAACCAUUUAAAUGCAUUGAGUGUGGAAAGGCUUUCAAAGACGGGAGUUAUCUUACACUCCAUAAGAGAAUCCACACAGGGGAAAAGCCGUAUGAGUGUGUGGAGUGUGGAAAGAAAUUAAUAAGCUCUAGUGACUUUAAUCGACAUAAGAAGAUGCACAGCAGACAUGAAUUGGUUGUUGUUGAUUCUCAAAAUUUGCUUAAUGCCCAUAGAAGUGUUCCAGGAAAAAUGCUUGAAGUAUUGGAAGGGCUUCCAAAGCAGCAGAAACUUCUUGAUCCAUUAAAAAGAGUUGCCUUGUAUAACUAGGAAUUAACUUUUGGACAUCUUUGUGCUAGAGUCGAAUAGAAUUGAAACAGAAUAGAAAUAAUAAUAGGGUAUGGUAGUGUAAGGUAGAGUAGAGUACGGCAGCCCUAGUUAAGCCCCGUCCACCGUUGGGUUGUACGAGAUGGGGCGAGGCGCAGGCAUAAAAACCAAGCUAGGGUGGGGGAGGUGGAGCUGCCGCACACGCCCUGCACCCGCUUAGUUGAGGACCGCUGCAGUCAGGCUUCCAAUGCCUCAACACCUGUUGUGCCGCUGCCCAACUACUUCUUCAGCCGCUUGCAGCAGCUCACGGCCAGAUGCAUAGGUCGUUGUGCUAGUGCCGCUGCUCAUAACAGAACACCACGUGACUCAUGAUGCUGGUGCCGCCGCUUGUGGCCGAACACCACAUGGCUCAUCAUGCGCAUGCCACCACUAGUGGCAGAAUGCCGCAAGACUCAUUGGGCCAGUACUGCUAGUGGUGGAAGAACGCUACAAGGCACAUCACGCUAGUGCUCACGCUCACGUGUGCGAUGGCACAAUACAACACAAAAGAUGAGUAGCGACGCAACAGGUGUCGGGACGUAGGAGAUGUGGCUGCAGUAGUCCUAAGGUAAGCAGGUAAGUCCCGGUGCUUAUUUUGGAGCCGAAAGAAAAUAAGGCCGGGUCUUAUUUUCUGGGAAAUACUAAAAAGUUUUGCUUUGACGUUAUUACUGAACAAAAGGGAUUUGGAAAUCAAUGCCUUUUUCUUUUUUCCCCUUCUUUUCCACAUUUUUUCUUUCUCCUUUUCUCUCUGUAUUUUCCCUUCUUUUUGCUUUUGUAUUUUUUUUUGUAUGUUAUAUAAUAAAUUAAUAAAAUUGUUAUAAACAUUUACAAACAUGUUGAGGUUUCCCUGUGUAAAUGUUAGGAUAGUUUAAAAUACCUUGGCUGGCUCUGGAUUACAUGUAUGCAGGAAGGCUAAGAUAUUAGUGGAAAACAGGCAGGAAUUCCUGCAAAGGGAGAUGAGAAAAUUCCUUCUGACUCGGAGUUGUAAACUGUGUAGCAAAUGCUGUGUAAAGCCCUCUAGUGCACGUUGGUGGGGUAUAAAGGAUUUGAGGGAGAUUUCCUUGUGUUACUUUUUCUGCAGAAUAAAAGUUUUGCUUAC